CCAACUAAUCUUGUCCUUUCUGUUAUUCUGUGAACCCCGUUCAUUGCUGCUCUCAGCUAUAUUCUUUUGAUUUGCUCGCUCCGCUCACUUUUCAAAAAAAGAAAUCACAUUUAAUAAAAUGUGUAUGGCCUUAGCAUUCUGGAGAGCCUUGGUGCUCCGUCCUAUCUAAGGAAAUUCAUCCUUGGGCUUUUGGUGUCUUUAUAAGGUUACCGGUUUUGCAUUCCCAAGGUCUUUCUAUGGAAGGCUCAGCCACAGAACUGUAUUUCUCAUGCAUUAUUAACAUUAGAAGUUCUGUGAGAGUGGGCACACUUAUUACCUGAUAGCCCUGUCCUAUUUUCUGGGCAUGCCUAAUGUGUCCUUUGGCUCCAAUGGAAACAGCACUCAGCUGGAUUUAAUUACUUUAAUGCCUUGACUUUGCUCUGUGGAGAGGAAAACCAUGUGCUGAGCAGGAGUCUCUCUUGAUUAGUUUUUUUUUAAGACAGAUUUGGUUCUUGUCUGUCUCAGACAAUAGUCUUUUCUUGGAGGGGGGGUUUGCAGCAUUUAAUUGAGGCGGGGGCAUGCGCAGCUGGAGGUGGCAGUUCUCCAGGAUGAUGCGUCUGUGCCUGCGCUGGUGCCGGCUGUGCCCUAAGCGAGGGGGUCGACCCAGCAAGCCCCAGAGGAAGCUACGAGAGCUGUGGAGCUACUGGAAGCUGCUGCUCAACUCCCUCUACUUCAACAGCCUUACCAACUCUGACACCUGCCUGGACUGUGUCUUUGAGCCCGUCUACUGGAUAGUCGACAAUGUGACUCGCUGGUUUGGGGUGGUGUUUGUGUGCCUGGUGAUUGCCCUCACCAGCUCUGUGCUGGUCAUUGUCUACCUGUGCCUGCUGCCUGUCAUCCUCAACACCUACCCACUGCAGUGGAUCGUCUGGCACCUCACUUACGGCCACUGGGUCCUCAUGAUGGUCCUCUUCCACUACUAUAAGGCCACCACCACCUCCCCUGGACACCCACCACAGGUUAAAAGUGAUACACCGUCAGUGUCCAUCUGUAAAAAAUGCAUUGUCCCCAAACCAGCCAGAACUCACCACUGCAGCAUCUGCAAUACGUGUAUUCUGAAGAUGGAUCACCACUGUCCCUGGCUCAACAACUGUGUGGGCCACUUCAACCACCGCUACUUUUUCUCCUUCUGCCUGUACAUGACCAUGGGCUGCAUGUACUGCAGCGUCAGCUGCAAAGACAUGUUCAUAGAGGCCUACAACGCUGUCGAGAGCUACUAUCAGACGCCACCACCACUGUUUUCCUUCAGAGAAAAGAUGGUCCACAAGAGUGUCAUUUUCAUUUGGGUGCUAACAAGUUCGGUGGCAGUAGCUCUGGGAGGUCUGACACUGUGGCAUGCUAUCCUCAUCACCCUAGGAGAGACCAGCGUGGAGAGACACAUCAACAAGAAAGAGGUCAGACGCUUAAAGGAGAAAGGAAAGGUGUUCCGAAAUCCAUACCAUUAUGGGAAAAUAAACAAUUGGAAAGUGUUGUUUGGUGUGGAGGAGACCAGUCACUGGUUGACCAGAGUCCUCCUGCCGUCUAGUCACACUCCCCAUGAAGACGGACUGGUAUGGGAAUUCCCUCAGGCUCUCACCAGAAGAGACCCAAUGACCAUCUAACCUCACUACUCACUGCUGCUGGCCAGUUUCUCAUCUCCACACUAUGGCCCAGAAUCUCUACUGGCUCCUGGAUGGUGGAGUGAACAGAGGACUUCUCUUAGCCUCUGAGGAGUAGACCGUUUGGGCUUGAUUAGUGACCCGUAUGUCAAGGAACCUCUGGGUGUUAGGGGACCUUAAUCUGCACUCCGGUCACUGUCAUGUGAACUGUCUUUUUUCAACUGUCGUCCUGUCUUGUGAACUGAUUGUUUUUUUUUUGUACUGGUAGGUAUGUUGUCCAAAGAUGACAAUGUGUACUUUUUAAUUGUACUGAAGUCACAGAAAAAGCAGUUAGGACUUUUUCAGUGCCAACAAAGAGCUUUUCACCAAUGACUAGGUUAGAGCUAGAUAACCACACACCUUGGCCAUUCUCCAUCUAGGGGUGAGUAGUCUGGAGACUUUUUGACAGACUUCCAUAAACUAUUCAUAUUAUCGUUCAGGCUCUAGUUAGAACAUGGUGCUCAUAUUACUGAGCAGUGCCCCAGCCAAUAUCCAGGGGUGAUGUAAUACUAUGGUCGACCAUGUAAAAAACGACACAUUUCACUGAACCUAUCCGGUGUAUGUGACAACAUCUACAUAAGCGUAUUAGGAAUUUUCAAAAGAUUCGUAACGUGCCGUGUGAAGUUAAACAAAUAUAAACACCUGUUAAAGAUUUAUCAGGCACUAAUGCAAAGUACAGUUUUACUGGAAUAUGACAUUUCUAACAUUGUCUAUUAAUUAUCUCGCCCCCAUCACAUAUGGUAAUGGAUUUCCCCAGUAGCCAUCUUUUAAGAUCACUUAACAUGGUUAAAAGCCGUUGAAUGCAACUGACUUCCUCCCAACUGGUCUUGUGUUUGGCCACCAUUUAGAUUUAUAAUGGUCAGGGGAUAUUUCUAUAAUAGCCAGCCUGUUACAGUAGAAAGGGGUUACCUGGUUGCCAUAGUGCAAAAAUGUCCUCACUGCUGUGACAUGACCAAUAGGAGCUGUGCUCCAUUAUUGUACGCCGCAUGUCUGUGUCAUUUGCUUUUGAUAUUAGCUUGUAUUGGUUAAUAUAAAAUAUUGUUUUUGGAGACUGAA